CUGCCAAGCUCAUGACCCCGGAAGUCGAGCUUCCUGCUCUACGAAUACCAGGCAGACCACGGCGGUAUGACCAUGCCGGCCUCCGCUUGAUCUUAGGCGUACCAUGGAGGUCCGUAGCUUCCUUGGCAUGCGCGGCGGGUAGUUGAACAAAAUGUCACCCCUCCUUCGACGCGACGAAGGCGAUCCUUCCUCGAUGCCAGGAAUGGAUAUGAGCAUGGAUCCCGACUCUCCCUCGUCCUCAUUUGGAGAAGGCAUGUCCACCGCCUUCUACGCCUCAACCGACACCUCCCCCUCUCUCUGGCUCAGCGCCUUCACCCCCACCUCUCCCGGCGCAGUAGCAGCUGCCUGCCUAGCCCUUGCAGUACUGGCGUGUGCCUAUCGCCUGUUGAAUGCGCUUGAGCGACUACUCGUGCGAGGGUGGACUGAGCAGGCCCUGAAGAGGGAUAGGGUGAGAGAGGAAAGGAGGAUAAGAGGUGGGGGAAGGAACACACUGCCGCAAGGAUCGGAAGAUGAUGGUACGAUGGACCGGGAGCAGGGAGGGAGGAGGAGACGCAAGCGUGGUGGACCAGGCUGGUGGGCAGAGGUAGGCGUACCUCGCGGUCUAUACCAAGUGCUCCUCUCCGGCGUCGGCUACCUCCUCAUGCUAUCAGUCAUGACCUUCAACGUCUACUACUUCAUCUCGAUCCUCCUAGGUCUCGGGCUCGGUGAAUCCCUCUUUGGAAGGUUUGGUCGCUCUCCGCCUUCCCACCAACGCCCAAGUGCUUCUUCCUCCGGCGCAGCAGGUACAGAAUGCUCGUCCUCUUCCUCGGGCGGGUUCCGCUCCUUUUCAGGCGAAGGCAGCCCGCUAGAGCUGGACGGGACACGACUCGAGGAGCUGAACGAGAGGGGAAAGAGAUACGAAGGGGGUCAAGCUGGUGGGGGAAGGAGAGAGGAGGGGGAUCACAACAGUGCCCUGCGAAGGCCACUCUUGCUGCGAGGCGAUGGGAUGGCCACGGCCACUAGCACUGACAACCGCACUGGGACGCUGAGUUCUACGUCGAGUGGGAGCAGCGUCAAAGUCCAAGGUACGGAGGGUACAGAGGACCAGGAGCAGGCUCACCAGAUGGGAAUUGGGGUAGCCAGAUAAGCACGCCGAGGUAGUAUACCACCUUGCAGAAAUCCCUCCUUAGCGCACGAGGUCUUUGUCUUGAUAAGUGACAUACUCUUUAUGCAAU